AAUUUCUUCGUGUGUACCUACUACCUAAUAAACUAUUACUAAUACUAUUACUACUACUACAACUACUAUUACUACUUCUGCUACUACUACUACUGCUACUACUACUACUACUACUACUACUAUUACUACUACUACUACUAUUACUACUACUACUACUACUACUACUACUACUAUUAUUACUAUUACUGCCAUUACUGCUACCAUUAAUACUAUCAUUUCUACUACCAUUACUACUACGAUUAUUAUCACUAUACUGUUGCUGCUGUAACACGCAUUGUCGCCGCGGAGUCAGAGUUCGUCGUCACUGCCGCCGACACCAAGCGCUAAAAUGUCCGAUUCGUCUUCGAUUACAAUGCACCGCAAGUACGUCGACCCGUGGGACCUAGACUUGCGGGAGGUGUCUUGGAGACACUCUAGUGAUACAACAGACUGUUCGGCAGACCACCAAGUUGUAUCACUCUCGUCAGCAGCCGGACCUGUGUCCACGCGAUCUGAUUUCGUGUACGUGCCGGGUCCGCCGAAAAAUAACAAGUCAGGCACCGGUAGAACAAGAGCUCGAUCGGUAGCCCGGUACGAUUGCUGCCAAUGUUCACCAAGUUCAUCGUCUAUGGCCCUUGUUCCACCCGAUUCAAACGAAAAUCUAUACGAGUAUUGGGAAUCUGGUUGCAAACCACCACCGUACUGCAGGUACGCUGCGGUCGACCAUCAUUUCUACCCGAUCACUAGUGGAUCUUCGAAACAACAAUGCCGUCUUCUAUACAACGUUUCUAGGCCGGAAGUCCGCCGGAACUCGCGUUACGACAACGGAGACAUGGAGUCUGUACUGUGUCGAGCUUACAUGGCCAAUAGUGGAGAAUAUAAUUCAGCUGAAAACGUGGUAACUAGUCAGUUCCGCUACAACACUCUUGGUCAUAUGAAAAUUGAUUACUCUUCCAACUGGAACAAUUUGGAUAAAUACAUAUGUCAAGUUUAGGAUAUCGAUAAUUACGACUCACAGACUAUACACAUCAUAAAUAUCAUCUAUACAGAUAUGUUGAAAUAAUUGGAGUAUCAGUUAUUUGUAGUUAUCUGCAAUUAUCUAUAGAGUAUAAUGCGCAAACGGACGUGGGCCAGUGCAUUAUAUUUUUAAGUUUUAAUUAUAAAUAUGACGCAUUUAAAUUACUUUAUAAUGUAUUCUAUAAGUCGUAGCAUAGGUUACAGAUGUAUACUAUAAUCUAUAGUCAAUAGAAUAAUCAUUAGGUACAGCUGCCACGAGCGUGUCCGUAAACUAAAUACCUACCUACUUAAAACAAUAUAAAAAUAAUAAAAACGUAAUAUUAUAUACAUUAAUUUAUAGUAAAUAGGUACCUAAUGUUUAUUUUAUUUUAUCGCAGCCGGUAGGUAGUUCUGUGAUUAUUUUCUAAUUUAAAAAUUCCCGGUAAUGACAUCUGAAUUAUACCAUCGUUUUUAAUUAGUAAACCCUUGUGAGAUAUGCAGUAGGUAUUAUAUAUGUAUAUUUGUCUGCUCUUUGAUCCACGCAAAAAAAUAUAUAUAUUACGCAAUAUAUUGAAAUAAGGGAAAACAAUAAAAUACGUAGCACUUUUAAUGUACCUAUCGAAUACCUAUUUAAACAAAUACAAAUUACCUACACAGAAAAACAAUCAAUAAAUAUAUUUCAUGUGAAAACAAUUUAAAAUUUUCAAACGUUAGCUUUAAUAUGGUUAAUUAAUAAAACCUAAAACAAUAAACUACAAGUCUAUUAUGGAAAAAGUUAAGAUAUAUUUUUUUGUUAUAUUUUUAUUUAGAAAGAGCCACUGCAACUAUUGACCAUCACAAAAUAUGUAUAAAAUAUAAAUGUUUACAUAAUUAUACUAAUUAUAUUGAAAUACGGUAAGUCGGUAAGAUAAACAUUUGAAAGUAACGCCUGUAAACUAAUAGAAGAUAAAUAAAAUUAUGAAAAUACAAAUCCAAUAGUUAUUGAUAUUUACGUUUACUUUGAAUAAUUAUUCAUGAUGAAAAACUAAAAUUGAAAUAUUUAAAUAAUUGUAUAAGUGUAAAGUAUAGAAUAACAAAUAACUAUGUUGAAGCAAACUGACAGUUACAUAUUAUAUUAAAUAAUUUCAUCAGAAAUAACUCAAUAUUACGAAAAUAAACAAAUAAAUUAAAUUUAAAGUUAGUGUUAACGAGGUCAAAUACCAAUAUUUACAAACAAGAAAUAGGAACAAAAAUCAAAAUAACAAAAAUAUUAAAAUAAUUUAACAAAAUCUAGUGUUUUCAACAAAAUUGUUAUACGAUAGUCGUAUUAUUAUUACAAAACUAUUUAAGAUCUAAUUUAGGCAAUUAUUUUAGUGAUUAAUUUUUUUUUUUAUCAGCAUACAAAAUUAAAAAGCGAACUAUAAACUUUAUUAUUAUCAAAACAUCUAAAAUAUAGGUAUCGUAGAACUUAUAUUUUGGAAUUCUAACUUGUAUAAUUUAAAAUAAGUUAUAUUAGUACUUACAACCUUCGUGUUAAAUCAUGUAAAUAAGACAUAAGUAAAUUAUUUUUAAACUGGAAUAUUAUAAUAUCGAGUUAAUAAUAAAUAAUAUUUAAAAUAUAAUAUUUUUCACAUUUUAAUAAAUAUUUAUAAAUAAUUUAUAUCAAUUAUUGUUAUGUCAUAAACCUAUACUAACGCUCAACAGACAUUCACACAUAUAUGCGUAUCCAAUUCCAUAUUGUUAUAGAAAAGUAAUAUUAAUAAUGUGUAAGUAUAAGGAAAGUUACAAUUCCUAAAACACUAUUGAAUUUCACUAAGUAAACUUAAUUAGACGACAGAUGAAAUGUAAUCAUAGCUAUUUUAGAAAACCGUUUAUCAGAACUUAAUUAAAUAACAUUAACUACAAAUAAUAAUAAUUGGUAAGUAAAUUUAAUUUAAUUUGAGUAUUCAAGCAUACGGCUUAGUAUUGAAUAUUGCAGAUGUUAUGUGUAUUAUUUUACAUUAAUAAAUUGGAGAUCUUGUGAA